AUGUUCGAUCUUCUUCACUGGCAGUACGUGACCAUCCAUUGUAAGAUGCAUCCAGGUUAUAAAAACAUUAAAAUAAAUGAAAUCAAUGAAAAUUAUCCUACACCUGAUCAAGAAACAAUUUUCGAAAUUAAUAGUGAUUUAACUGUUGAAACAAUAGAUGUUGACAUCAUUGAAAGAGAAAAUUUAAUUGAAGGAACAGAAAUAGCUAAUGAAAAUCGUUUGAAAGCAUUAGCAUUAGGUGAUAUUGAUAAUACUAAUAAUAGUGAUGAAGAAAUAGAUGAAGAUGAUAAAGAUAUUCGUACUAAAUAUAAUAUUGGUACAGAUUCAUGUACUCAACCAUGUGAUUUUAAUGACUUUUUAGUCUUUGAUAAAGAACCAUGCGUAGUAGCACCAGCAGAAAAAAAUAAAUUAAGUUCAUUGUUAACAGAUAAAACAAUUGAAGCAUUAGCUUUUCCUUAUUUGUUUCCAGUUGGUCAAGGCUCAUAUGACGAAGAUCGUGAAACGAAUCUCAGAUGGAAAGAAUAUUGUAAAGAACGUUUAUUUUCAUAA